AUGCAUGAAAUUAGCCUUAUCAGAGGCCUUCUGCGGGCCUUUUGUGCUCUAGUUGCUGCAUCAUCGAGUUUUAAGGCGGAGCUUUUGGCUCUGAUUCGGGGUUUGGCGAUGGCUAUGAAGCUUUCUACUCACAUUUGGAUAAAGCUGGACUCAGCGGCUCUGGUUAGCUUGUUGUCAUCUGGACAUCUUGGCGCCGCAGAUAUUAGACAUCAUAUGGCUUUGAUCCGGAGCAUGACAUCUCAGCGGCACGUUCGCUUCUCACACAUCUACAGAGAAGGGAACCGGGCUGUCGACUUUCUGGCAGCUAAGGGGGCCCAGACCCCUGACCUUACAUACUUUGAUCCAAUCUCUGCGCCUCGGUAUCUAAAGGCGCUCGUUAGGAUGGACCAGUUGAGAUAUACUAACUUCCGCUUCUGA